AUGUCAUCGCAGCAGCAGGAAAUGAUUAAUGCAUGCACCUCGGGAGAUGUGCAAGCUUUGCAACAACUGUUCAAAGUAAAUAGCGUCGAAGACUCAGAACCAGUCUACACACCCUCCGCCGAUGGACCACCGCCUGCCAACUCCAUGCUUGCAGCCGCAAUCACAAACGGGCAGCUUGACGUGGUGUCUCUCAUCCUAAAAACCUACUCCAAAACUAAGGUCCAGUUCACCGGUGAAACAAUCGAAGCAUUAGUGCGCCAUCCGAACCUGGACAUUCUCCAAGCGGUUUACGAUUAUGAUCGCACCAUUGUCUCUUUCGAAUGGGACAACCAUACAGACACAUUCGUCACCAAGGCGUGCGAACAGCCACCGGAGAAGAUUACACCCCUGCUCCGUUUCCUAAUCGAGCAUGAUGCCGAUCUCGAGGCUGGCUACUUCCCCCGGACAUUGUGCAAUGCGAUCCUGGGCGGCCAGACACUUGGCGUGAUUGAGACCAUGAUAGAAAAGGGUGUUACUCUGUCGACGCAGGCGAUGCGGCAAGCGGUGGUAUGCGAACGAGUCGAUGUGAUCAAGUUCUUCGUGGACAGGGGUGUGGAUGGGGACGCUGAUGAUGCUGCGUAUCUUCGGAGCGAGGCUGAACAGACUGGGAACGCAGACGUGAUGGAUAUAGUGCAGCGAUGGACUAGUAAUGGGAAUUGGGUCAGUGACGACGGUAAGUCAAGCCGGGGACCUGGUGUGGCGCAGAAACUAAAACGUUUUUUCACAGGAAGAGACUGA